GUUGGAUAAGUGGGUCGGGCUCGUGGUCAGGGUAUUUGGUUGGGUCUUAGGGUAAGCCUGGGACUGUGAUAAAGGCUACUUAGCUAAUUAAAACUAGGGAAUCUUCUGUAGUUCAGUGGUGCCUAGUGGUAUGAGUCUUAGUGGUAUUAAGUGGUUUGUUCUAAGUGGUCGGCACUUAACUGGCAUUUUAGUAGAAGUGCACAGAACCCGGAGUAUAUCGUUUCAACCUUUGAGUGGUGAGGGCUCUUGCCGCUCCGUGUCCCUAAGUGUGCUCUUCAAAUAGGUGCUGAAGCUUUUCUCUACCGCCUACAGAUGGAGACUUCCACUUAACCUGCUUCUAAAAGUCCAACCGAUGAGUACAGAUGUAGCCACCUUAUCCUAUCUUGCUCAGUAACUACCAGGCAUCUUGUCCCCCACUCCAUGGGCCAUCUGGCAAUAACCAGAGACACAUGCUCGUCAUCACUUGAGAAAGGGGUUCUGUGCUCACUACUUGAAUUUAGCGGGUAGAGGCCAAGGAUGCUGCUAUAGUAAGUAUCCUGUAAUUCCUAGGAUGGCUGGUAAACAAUCUGGUCCCCUCCUGUGUAGUGUGAGAACCAAAUUCCUUUCAGAAUUUACUUAGUCCUUAUUUUAAGACUUCCCUCACUCCUACCCAGCCAAUACUGUUGGUGAAAGCUGAGCAGUACACAGACUUCCCAUCUCUGCAGGAAAAGAACCACCUUCGUGCCUUUGAGACGUCCAGGUGCCUCCCCUGGAGCUUCCUGAUGAGGCGGAAAUGGGCGAUCGUCUUUUAGUGUCCCCAGGUGUUUUGUUCUCAAUUGGGUUCUGAGGGUAGGAUGUACAAAAGUCCACAGUUAACACGUGGGGUGAGCUUUUAAGGACCUCUCUUGUUCAAAACUUGCAUAACUCAAGACUAAUUCUGACAAAGGUUUGGUGUUUUACCAAAUAAAAUCUACCCUCAAGGCAAAGGAAAUUCUUAGUUUCCAAUUCACUUGAUUUGAUAGGCCUUGAAAUGAGGCCAUUCUUGACAAAUUUGGAGGAAUUUACAUGAAAUCUUGUGCUUAAAAUGAAUUUUACUAAAUUACAAUUUAGGAGUUUAAACUUACAUCCAGUUAACAGUUGUAUAGAUUGGACUGUAAUAUAAUUCUCACUGGUAAACUGGACUUCUCAGUGAGUCAUCUUAUGAUGGGAAAAUUCACUCAAGAAAUGAGGCCAAGGUGUUCUAUCUACGCAGUCAAAGAGUUAUGUCUAGUCUCACCUAGUAUCUUAAAGUCUAGAUGCUCUCUCAAGUACUAGGACAAUAUUUCUCAGUUUUUUGAAGCGUUAGAGCAUUGUCAAUUUGCUCACUUAACCAAAAGCUGUCAUUAUCCAUUAAAAUUAAACCCUAAUUCCUUAUCCUGAAACUAAAGGCCUCCUACCAACUGACCAAAACUUCAAUUACUCUUUUUCACCAGUCCUCCGUUUUAUACCUCUCUUAAACAUCUCUUUGUGCUUCUAUCAUCAUUUUUUUUUUUUUUUUUUUUUUUUUUUGGUAAUCAGCUGUCCUUCAAACGGUUCAAACCCUAUCAGUCUGCUAGUUCUUUAGAAUCGUGCUCAAAUCUCUCUGUAAAGCCUUCCCAUCCCAUUCUAGUUCACAGGGAAGUCUGUUCUUUUCUCUUAAGGUUUUGUUCUUUGCACAAUGAAUUCACAAAUCAUGUAGCUCACAAAUCGUGUAGCCUUGUUCCUUAUCUUUUUCAUUGUUUUUCUUGUGUUUUCUUUGACUACUUAGAAUCUUCCACAAAGUCUAUCUCAGUGUCUAUUAUAAAACACUUUCUCACUGAAAGUUUGACUGACUGCCCAGGCCAUAGAUGUAGAACCCAAAUUGAUCUCAGGAUGGAAUUUUCAAGUAUGCCAAUAAGUACUGUCCUUCAUUUUUUCUUGCUCCUUUAAGCUGGAAAAUUCUUCUGAGUACCUUUAAUAAUUGACCCAGUUAAAACUCCUGUUAGAGAUUUAAAAAUCCUGAGAGGGGAGAUAAAGUAGGGCAUUUUAUAGCUUCCCUUCAGCCAAUGUAGGUUUGUGGCCAAAACAUGAGAUUAGGGUGGAGCUUUUGCAGCCUAGGGUGAGGUGCUGCUUUUCCAAUGCUGUAAAAGCAGGAUGAGGGGGAAGGGGCAUUUCAGCAGAUAAAAAAGGGGAAUGGAAUAAAGAUGAGGAUCUUUACAUAAUGGGCCCAGAAUGCAAGCAGUGGAAGUGUAGAAACUGGUUUGCCUGAUCAGGUCAAAUGUCAUCCAGAUUGGUAAAGUCAUCUUUUUAAGGACUAGUCAGUGGACUAUGGUAUGUAUAGAAAUUUCUAAAAAUGACAGUUUAAUCUUCUGUGAUGACUUUUAGACAAAUAUUUCAUUUUUUAAAUGGGUGCAUUUCCUAAAAGUGAUGCAAAAGUCAAGCAGGCUCUUUAGACAAAUCACCUGGUUUGUAGUGUAGCCCUUCUCUUUUAUCAGUGAGAUUAAGGCAAGUUUUUCUGUUUGUGUCUUCAUCUUUAAAUUGGGGUAAUAGUAAUUCUUACUUCAUAAUGCUUUUAUGAAAGGUAAAGAGUAAAUACAUAUAAAAAUGCUUAAACUCGACAAUAAACAUUUCCAGUGUUAGCUGUUGUUGUUAGUAGGGAAGUCCUGUUGAGUGUUAGGCCAGUUUUUGCAUCUCUGAUGUACCAGUGGUAAUAUCUACUAAUUCAAGAUCGUGUACAAACACAUGUUGCAUUUCUCCCAUCUUCCACCUCUAAUUUAGAGAAGAUUGACCAAAAAAAAGUUGGCAGAUGGGAGAAAAGUUCAAGAACAAUUAUUUAAAGAUCUUAGAAAUUUAAAAUGUGGAUAUUGAUACAAAAAUUCAACAACAGAAUUGAAUACAAAAUAGAAUAGGAAUAGCUACAAGAAAAUAGGGAGCUGAAAGAUGAAGCCCAGAAAAUCUUCCCCCAAAAGCAUGCAAAAAGAUAUAAAGAUGGAAAAUAAGAAAAGAAAAUUCAGAUGUUACAAAAACAAGAUUCAGAUGUUACAAAAUUUAUCCAAUAAGAAUGUGAGAAGGAAAGAAUAAACAUAAUGUAAGAAAUAACACACAGGUCUACCAAACAGUGUUCAAAUUAGAGCUAUUUAAAUUAUAAAGUUUGUGACUAGUGUCCCCAAAGUUAUGCAGGGACAGCCUAAGCAGCCAUACAGAAAAUUUCUUGCAGGAAAAUUUUAAAGACUAUUUCACAGAAUCAUAUUUGCAUACAUCCUCAGACUGUGAAGUCCCAUUAAAUGCUGGGCAUAGAAAGAUAAAUUAAAAGGUCCUUCACCUAGAGACUUAAUGUUAAAUUUCAUAACACAAGAGUUAAGGAGAUGACACCCUGGGAAAAUUCUUACAAAGAAACAGGAAUCAAGUUUAUAUCAGACUUAUUUCAGCAAUGCUGUAUACAUGAGAAAGUAAUAAAACAGUAUUUUUUUUUAAUCUAGGGAAAAUAAUUUAGAAACUAAAUUUCUAUAUCCAAUUAAACUAUUAUUUAAGCGUGGAUAAUUUUUAAGACUCUUUUGAAAGAAUUUCUGGAGUUAUAUUCCAGCAAGAAUAAGAAAAAAUUCUAAGAGGAAGAUAUGGGGAUGAAUCAAAGGUUCAACUAACAAGAUACGAUACACAUACCAAAUUACCUGCAAUACAAAUUUAAAAAGAAAUGUGUCAUAAAUGAUAUAUGUAAAGUGUUGUGAGGUCAGAUACAGGUAUCAAUGUGAUAAUCAGGGCCACACGAGAAGCAUCGAUUUAUUGAAUCUAUCAGAUCUGUACCAAAAUUUCUCCUCUGUUUUGAUUAGUAAUUCAAGUUUGAAUUUUAAGAUUUUUGUUUAGGUAAGGCUGUGAUCACAAAAUAUUUUACAUUUAUGUUCUCUGCUCCACAUUUUACUUACUGUUUUGAAGAAACAAGAACUCAAAACUAUUAGAGUGACUUCAAAUACAGACAUCUUUUUGUGUGGCUACCCCUCCUCAUUAAUUUUUUUUUUAAAUCUGGAAUUCAAAUUCUAGGCUAUUUGUCAUGGGUUGACAAGAGUGAAGAGAAAUGAACAAGCUAGGCUUUACUCUGCCCUUCCAGAAGAAGACACAGCCACACUCCACCCGACUGCUGUUUUACUGGGGACCCUGUCAAUGCUUCCUUCAAGUUAAAUUACCUUCUCCGAGAGCACCGCCUGUGGGAAGUUUAUUUCUCCAGAAUGUGUAGACCAAUUAUUUCUAGUGUUUCUUAGAGAUAUUUUACCUCCAUUAACGCACAGAACACGUUUGGGAAUCUCUCCCUUUACCAUACGCUCCCUCUGCACAACUUAUUUUCUAUCCUCUCUAAGGGUUAAGGAGUACUACGUGCUCAGUGUGAUAGGGAGAUGAGAGGGGAAGGCAGGGAGAGAUGAGCUACUUACCCUUUGGGGAUUUUGACCCCAUAUUUAGAAAUGAAGCAAGAAAUGAGGACUGGAGAAAGGACAGCAAACAGUUCUGUUGGCCCCAUUUUACUGCAUUAACGAAGAAGUCUGACCCUAAAAAACAACCUUGUUAUGGAGGCCCGAUUUUAAACUUACAGCAUUUUUUUUGGACAUCCUGCCAAGCUUAAUAUAUAGUUCUCUUAGGGUCUUUUGGUUUUUACACUAUUAUAACAAUGAGGCUGAUAAUAAUUACUUCUUAAGCUUCUAAUGAUACCAUUUACAGUCACUCACAAAAAUGACGAACCUGGAAAUCCACAAAAUGAUGAACAAAAUUUUUAGAAAGAAAAUUAUAACUGUUGUGAGAUAUUAACAGUGAUAUAAAUAAUGGGGUUAUGUCAUGUUCACGAAUGACAAAAGUCAAUAUUACAACAAUGCUCCCUCCCUCCCUCCAAAGAUAUACAGACUUAAUGCAAUCCCAUUCCAAAUCCAAUAUCACAGAAGAAUUUGAUGUAGUUGAUCACUCUUUCUUGAGACACUUCCAUUUCUUCUACCUCAUCAGCAAUUCCUCAUGAGCAUCCUUUGCUGCUAAAUCAUUUACACGUCCUUUAAGAUUUGCAGGUUCUAGGGUUCAGCCUUAGACCAUUUUUCCGUUUUCUAUCUGUACUUUCUGUUUUCACUGUCUCUUCUACUUUGUUUGACUCUGAACACCACAUACAGUGUAUGAUUCUCAAAUUUUUAUCUCUCGUCCAGGAUUCUUCUGUGAGCAACUAAAAUGUCAAAUAGGAAUCUUAGAUGUCCAAUAUAAAACUUUUGCUUAUUGCUACUCCUCUCUAGUUGUUCCCAAUUCCUCUUUCCCACAUUCCCUGCAUUUAAUCAGCAAGCUUUUUUGGCACUUCCUACAAAAUGCAAUCUAAAUGCGACCACUUCUCAACAUCCCAACUACCACCAUACUAAUCUAAGCUACCAUUCCCUCCCACCUGGAUUUGUUUUCCUUGCUUCUCAACUGUUUGUCCCCUGUCUCUGGGGGUCUGCAAAUAAGCCUGGUGGCAGUAGGGACUGUCAACCCCCCUUCCAGCAGUGGCUUGGAAUCCCAAGGCAGGUCUGGCCAUCUUUGGCUCCUGGGCAGGGAAAUUCCUCAGUCCAGAAGGCGCAGAGGUUUCUCCCAACUGAGUAAGGGAGCCAGGAAAGACCCAGAGUGAAUGCAACUGUUUUCCCCAAACCAGGUGAGCCACUUCAGGGAUUCAUUCCUGUUAGGAAUCCUCUGAGUGUUCGGGAUGGGCCUGCACUCUUGUAGAAACUACUGUGGUCCCAGAAUGAAUUUUAGGGCUCUCCCUAGGGGGGCUGCAACAGGAGAAACAACUGAUCCACUUUCCUCACAACCAGUGGCCUGUUUUCCAAAACUCUACUCUGGGGUGUUCUGCUUAGGUCGGGAAGCCCUGGGGUUUACAGGGUGAACCAGGAGCCUCUCAGAUGAAGCCUGAGUAGGUCCAACCGGCCCUGGGUAUCGUCCCUGCUAAAUCUGAGGGCAAAGAGGAAGAACUCGCCUCCAUCCCCCAAACUCAUCCACCCACCCGCCUCCCUACUAGCUGCAUUAGUCUCCUCCAGGCCUUUGUUCUCAGUCCUGGAAACUUGUCAUCUGGGAUAAAACAGGCCUUGUACCCCUGAGAGAGAAGCCCCAUGGUUCCCCAGUGCAUUUCAGAGCAGCCCUUGAAGAGCCUGGAGGCUUCCUGCACACUGGCCUGCUGCCUCUGCCGGCCCGGGGAUCAAAUGGUGGAAGGACCAGUAGGAACUUGGCCUGUACCUGAUUGGGUUGCCAUCCCGCACGCUUCACCUGCUCCCACCCUGCCGCCGAUGCCUCCGGCCGCCUCUUUCUGUGGUCCCUCCCCUAGGGCCCAGAUCCUGGGUCCCGGUCCUUCCCCUUGCUGCGGUAGCCCAGGCCGGGCUUCUGCGGAGGCCAGACUGAGCGCUCAACCUACUCCCUCUGCACCUCCCAGCAGACCCUGCGCGAGAUGGCCGGUCGGAUUCCUCCCGCCCCCGCCCCGUCCCCCUCUCCCCUCCCCCCGCCCAGGCCCUGGCCUAGGUUGGGGUUUUUCAUCUGCAUGGUUCCAGAGGCCGCAGCCCUUGCCUAUGGCUUCCUACAAUAUUUCCUUCCUGUUGCUGCGGACCCAGCCCACUCAGGAGGUGGCUUCUCACACCUGCCUGGCCUUAGUAACAAGGCAAGAUUUCGGGGGCGGGGGAGGGGGGGGCGCUCAGAGUUGGAAGCUCUUUUCAGUACUGGAAGGAAUCGGAUGCCUGCGACCCCUCGCUUUUCUCUGCCCGCACAGCAGAUGCCGCCAACGCACUCUAGCACCUAUUCUUGCCCCAACCCGCUCUAAUGAAGCCAGAAUUCCUCACGGGGUCUUGGGGGAGAUUGCAGAAAGGGUGCGCCUGCCAGUUUUGCUCAGCUGGGUCCUUGCACACGCGCGCCCCCUGGCGGCCUCCUUAACAAACUCAGGUCUCAAUGUGCAGACCACAGGGUGGCGCCAGCGGCCUUCCGCGGGACAUGCUCAGAGCACCCCGGACCACACAGGUCAGAGAGCUAUCACAGUGGCCUGUCCAUCUCGCAGCCGGGUUCCAGCUACUAGUUAACUGUGGAGCCAAAAAAUGUAUUAAUGACCUUCUUAAGUAGCUGAUUUACAAUAGAAUUUUAAUGAUCGGUGAGUGGCAAGCAAACCUGUGAACUGAGAAAACUGAAUAUGGAUUUACAAUAUUCAGUUUUGUGGGGGAGGUGGGUGGGGGGUAAAUGAAUGAAACAAUUUCUUCUAAAUUAUUUGAGGAAAUAUAAAACACCAAUUUAUCUUCAAUGUAUUCCUUUUACUUGAAGACACACCCUAGCCUAUUGUGAUGCAGCCGAAGUCACAGAUGAAUAGAUCAGCCAGAGGAAGUAUGAAGAAGAGGGAAGGUCUUGAAAUGAAAGUCGUGGUAAAUUCUGCUAUGUACCAGGAUUCAGAACAUCUCAACAUGAGCCAGUGUAUCUACUUCUAACACAUAGCUUUGCCCCUAACACCCAUGAGUAUAAAAUAAAGAAAGACUCAAAAAUUUA